AUGAAAAUAGAAGCGAUGGGAUAUCGAAUUGCUGCAACUCAUCACAGCAAUUUUCAUAAUGCAUGGAAGCUUAUAUCUCAUGUUCCUAACAAGGUUCAAAAUAUAUACACAGCUCAUGCACAUUACAUUACCAGGCCCAAUAACCAUAUCAGCGAUCAUGUACCAGAACUAAUCCGAUUUCCAAUGUACAAAACACGAAGGCUUCACAAUGGAUGUGAAGAAAGUGUAAGCCAGCCUGCUUGA